AGCGAGGCUAGAACCCGACUAGCGCUAAAAGCGAAGGCGAAGGGGCGGGACCGGCGCCGGAGCAUCCCAGCCCCCACGGCCAACUAGCGACAGUGGUCGGGAAUUAGAGACCUGGAGAGGGCCAGGAAAAGGGGCACUCACCGUCGUAGGGGUGUUCUGGGAGGGGCAAAACUCUAAUCCCCAGAAGGGCGAGACGAGAUGGGGUCCCUAAGGCAGGGCACCCACGGGUCGAAAAUGAGAGUGCGUUUCUCUUUCGGCCCCCAAGGAACGGGACAACCGGCUGCUGGGGCUUAUUCGGCAGCCGACGAGGUUCAGCAGCUCGGGGAUGGACCGGCCGGGACUGGGGCGGAGUGCGACCCGGCGGGUUGCCGGGCAGCGUGGAGACCCAGGGCGUAUGGCACGGAGCCGUUGCGAAAACUUCCCGCAAGGGGACGCCAUUUCCAAGUCCCUGACACCAGCGCUCCCUCCUUGGCAGUCUCCCUCAAUGAAUCAGGCCGUGACCUUGGAGAUGAACGCUUGGAUUCCUGGAGCAAGUUUGCUAAGGAUUCUAGGAGCUCCCCUCCUCCAUAUCUUAGUUUAAUUAAUAAUUUUUUCAAGCCAGGGAAGCCAAGAAACUCAGAGAUGAGGUUUAAAGAAAAGGCAGUGGUGGAAAUAGCGAGGCUGGACAACCAAAUAAAACAAGCUCAAACCCAGCAAGAAUUACUAAUGGAGGAGACCAGGCAGCUCUACGCUGAAAAGCUCCUGGUCCAGACUGAAAACAAAUUCUUUCUGGAAUACCUAACCAACAAAACUGAGGAGUAUAGAAGGCAGCCUGAAAAGCUGUGGAACAACUAUUUACAAAAAAGUGAGGAGAUUGAACAAAGGAGGCAAGAAUCAGUCUCCGCGUAUGCGAAACAAACUUCAGCGUUUAAAAGGGAACUCUUGCAGAAGGAAAAGCUCCAGUUCAAUUUAAAGCAGCAACUGCAGGCACUGAGGAAUAUUUCACUCUUAAAAGAGAAACAGGAGAGAGAAAUGCAGAUGUUACAGGAGGAGAAAAAGAAAACCCAAGCUGAGACAGAGGCAAAGAAACAGGAACUCCAGGUCCAGUUACUCCAGGAAAAAGCAUUCCUGGAGAAACAACUCAGUGAGCCAGACAUGAGGCAGCUGGGAAACAGAAAAAGAAAGGUGCUGGACAGGAAGGCUCAGACCUUGGAGCUGGAAGCAAAGCAGUAUACUUUGGAGUUCUAUCGCAGCAUCAGGAGAGAGAACCGGGAGUUACAGAAGAAAUUACUGCAGCAAACUCAGCGGUGCCAGGACUUGCAGGCUAUUAAAAGCCAGUUAAAAAAUCAGAAGCAGCAGCUGCAGCAGGAACAGUGGUAUGCGCAGUGCUUGAUCCGGGGGAGGCAACGAUUGCAAAGGAGGCAUAACUGGUGCCCAAGACAGGAUGCUCCCAAGGACCACAGCUCCCCCUGAGUAACAAACCAAGGAUUAAUCCAAAGCAGUUCCUAAAAUAACAGAUUAAAUAAGGACUGGAGUGAAUAUUCUUAUGUGCUGUAUACACCUGGUUAGGAAGGCUUUGGCAUCUCAGAAUGCUAUGGUAAAACAUCCUUGUGAUGUGUUUAGUGGGAAAGAUAAGUUGCGUUUUUCCAGCAGUACUGCUAGAUAUUUGUGCCACCAGCUUCCCUUAAUUAGGUUUUUCCUUAAUUAGAUCUUGUAAUAAAUGGGAUGUUCCUCAAAUCUCCAGAUAACAUAAUACCAUUUCCCAAACACCAGUACCUUAAACUAGCUCAAGAAAACCACCUUGAGGUAGUGAAAGGAAAACAGUUCUGUGAUUUAUUUCAUCUAAGUAAGUUAGAGUUCUAAGAAUAGCAUUUCAGACUGGCUUUGUGUAGUGCCCCUGCUCUGUUAACAACCAGUUAUCCUUAUGCCUCUUGGCCAGCUGCACACAAAGAAGGCCAAGUGCAUAAAAGCUCUUUUGCAAGUCUGCACCAGGGGCCAGGCGGCUCCUUCUAUGGUUUUGUCAAGAGUGGAAAAGUAAUCUAAACAGCAUGUUCAUUAACAGGGAAGCUGGAGGGAGGGGGCUGGAGCACUGCGCAGAAUGACCUUUUGUCUGAUGCGCAGCCCCUACAGUGUAAGCUUUGAGUAAACUGAGAAGGGAACAGCAGAUAAAGGGUAUGUCUAUUAGGUCAGCUCUUACCUUUGAAAAUCUUGUCUGUGAAGAAAUACUUCUAGCAUUAAUGAGGUCACUGUUUUUUUUUUUUAGUAUAUGUGCUGCCGAAGCGAGCACUAAUGAGGUCACUGUUAAGUUCAGGACAAUAUAUGAAAAGUUUUUUAACAUAUUGGGACUUUAAAGGGUCUUGUGCCAUCUAUUUCCCUAACAACAUUCUAAAUUCUAAGACAAGUUAAGAUUAGUUAACAUUAGAUGUAAUAAGUACUUCAGUUUUAGGUCAUUAACUAUAUUUUCUUACUAUGUGUGCACUUGAUAGUACAUGAAAUGCCUUUUGUAAUCAAUAUGUGCCUUAUAUUUAUGUCUGUUUAGGAGAACUGGGAAUAUUUUUAAUUAGUAUAGACUUUUAGGGUAGUUUUUAAAAAUUUUUUUGCACUUAAAGACAUACUGAUGGUUGGACUCUUUUAUUUCUUUGCAUGCUGAAUCCCAGGUACAGGAAUAUAAAAUAAUCCCCAUUAUUUUAACAUCACUCCUCUAUGGGAAAAUAAAGGUAACUUUAUGUUUUCCAGAAAUUGUCAGUGAUGAAAAACUUCAAAAUAAUUUUCCUGAAUUUUCAGUUUUAUUCCUAUGUAAAAUGAAUUCCUGUAAAAUCGUGGAGUAAAAUCUUUUUCUCCCUCAAUGCCUUCAACUUCUAGCCUUAACAAUGUUUUUGUUAAAUAUGCAGUUUGUUAUUAAAAAUAAAAACCUUA